AUGGAUGGUAGCGAGUUAAUAGUUGGAUGUAAAGUGUCGGUUUCUUCCAUGCAGAAUGGCGUGGUGGUGACCAAACAGGCUGAAAUAGUGGCAAUUAGAAACACAGAGGAGACUCCAGAGUACUAUCUGCACUACAAUGGGUUUAACAAAAGACUAGACCAAUGGGUGACCCAGGACAGAAUAGACAUGUCUUCAGUUGAAUUUCCAAAGAAAAAAAAGCAGAAAGAAGAUCCAAAAAAUAAAAACAUUGCCGCAGAAGAUAUCUAUCGAGUGAAGAACAUAGACACAAUCGAGAUAGGAGAGUAUUCAGUUGACAGCUGGUACUUCUCGCCGUAUCCAAAAAAGAUGAACAAGACAAUUAUUAUAUGUGAGUACUGUCUGUACUACUUCAAUACAAAAGAAGAGCUUGCAUCGCACUUUGCAACAUGCGUGCAUAAAAGGCCACCUGGAAAGCAGAUUUAUCGAAAGGCUGGGAUAUCCUUCUUUGAGCUUGAUGGAAUUGUCCAUAGCAACUACUGCAGGAAUCUUUCGCUUCUGUCCAAGCUAUUUUUAGACCAUAAAACACUUUUCUACGAUAUUGAUGUAUUUCUGUUCUAUGUUAUGUGUAUAUAUAAUCCAAGUGACCCAGAGGAAGCAAGAGAGUACAAAAUAGUUGGGUAUUUCUCAAAGGAGAAGGAGUCCCAGCAUGGAUAUAACAUAGCGUGCCUGCUAGUUUUACCACACUACCAGCGAAAAGGAUAUGGUAAAAUCCUGAUUGACUUCUCGUACUUGCUUAGCAAAAGAGAGAGGGUGGCGGCAUCGCCUGAAAAGCCAUUAAGUGACUUGGGUCUUCUUAGCUACAGAGAAUAUUGGGUAGGCGUCAUAUCACACAUACUGAUAUACAACAGGCUGAUAUCCAUCAAUGGAAUCCGGGACAUGAGCAGCAUAACUGUGGAGGAUAUUAUUCACACUCUGCAGUAUAACAAUAUGCUGGUUUACUACAAUGGCUUGCCCUGCAUAGUUCUAAGAGAUGAGCUAGUUGCUAAAUACAGCGAGCCGAAGGGUGUCCAGCUUGAUCCAGAGUAUCUAUUAUGGGAGGCACAGUAA